UUAAAUUCUCACACCUCAGUUUUACCUCAAACUCUGCCGAAAGUGCGUAUCACAAGCACACUGUAGCAAGUGAACAAUAUCCCUAUACCGAGUUGAAAGUGGUUUAAAGAAAACAGACGGCAUUGUAGACUUGAUUUUCGUCGCCAUGCGGCAGGGAAUGAAAUGUAAGAUUUGGGCCAUUCUAAUUCUCCCAACUUUCAUGAUGUCCAUACUGAUAUGGGCAGAAUCAAUGAGGCUUAUGAUCAGCGAUGCCGGCACCAGGAUCGUGCUAAGAGAAAGAAAUGAAGACAGGCUGCGUAUGCAUGAUAACAAAAGUCGGCCACAACAAGAGUCCUUGCCCAAGCUCUUUGAAAUUCCACCGAAUCUGUUCGAAAACGCUCUUGUGGCGGGAAAGGUGAGGCCAAACAAAGUGAAGUUCACGUUCGCUAUUUCCUCCAUCGAGCGACAGGAGAAUGCAACCUACAUCUUUAACACCAUUGACUCGCUGCUGGCCAAUGCCAACGCCACGCAAGUGGAACAGGUCGCUUUCGUCAUUCUACUGGCGGAUUUCGCGGAGUCUUCCAGGCAAAAACUUUCCAAAGCUCUUGUACAGCGAUACGAAAACCACUUCCAGUCGGGUCUCAUGAGAACCAUUCAAGCUCCGAGAGAUUUUUACCCAGAUCUGGACAAUCUCAAACUUACCUACAACCACCCGGUGCAGAGAGUAAAUGGCGUUCCAAGCAGAAUUACGAUUUCGCGUACUUAAUGUUGUACAGUCGUGACGUGGCAGAUUAUUAUUUGCAGCUGGAAGACGAUGUAACCACCGUUCUAAUUACAUCGGAAUGAUGGAGGACUUCGUGAGGAAUCAUAAAAGGUUUAUCUGCCUGGAGUUCAGUGAACUCGGAUUCAUUGCAAGCUAUUCCAUUCUUACGAUCUUGAAAAACUUGCCAAAAUGUUGAUGUUGUUUUACAACGAACAACCUAAUGAUGUCACCUAUUUACAUUUCAAUAAGUUGAUGUUGCAGUCAGGAAGAAUCGUGAGAAAACCGACACUGUUUCAACACCACGGAUACUACUCGUCAUUGUCCAUAAAAAGAAAAAAUACGAAGGACAGGUUCUUCCUAGAAAAUAAGAUAAACCAAACAGGCAACAUGAAAAAGCAAAUUAAAAUAAAAAGUUGAACAAGACGCGUUCAAACGUUCCCAAUCAUCAAAAGGCGAACCUCACGUACGAAGUCGUUAAAUACGUGUAUAAAUAUAUGAGUCGUGUUAAUGGACA